CUUUGGGUUUUUUGUUUGUACGAUUUCUAAGGUCGGGUACUUGUAUAAUUUUAUUGGUAGCUUUAAUUGCAUCGCGACAGACCGACUGGUAAUAAAAAUGCUUUCCACGGUGUUCAUUUUUACUUACAAUCGUGCUUAUUUUCCUCUCAAACUAAAAGAAAAGAGAACCUGGGCACGUGAAGGGUAUUGACCAAUCGGAGGCCGAGCUCCGAGCAGAAGGGUAUAAAUAGCGGGCAUGUUGCUGUGAGAGACGUCCGCCAUUGAAGACUGGUGUUGUUUAGUGGGGGAAAAUAGCGUAUUUUUUGCUUUUAGGAAUUUAUUUCAAACCUUUAAGUAACGUUUGUAUCCGGACGAAACAGUCGUUCAACACCCUGCAUUUGGUCAUCUUUUCCAGCAGAACUUCUUCGGCACUGUUAAAAACAUUCUUUGUUGUGCCAGUGACGGAAAGUGGCACAGGCAGAGGAUGUGUAAUGAAUGCUGAGCUGACCAGACAUAGCUUCAGAACAUCUCUCUGCACACGCCUGUCUUUGGAGCAGAUCCGACCAUGUCAGAGCCGGUGCUCAGCAUGAACAGGAAUCCCCCUCCCCCUGAAUACAGGAACCAUAAAAAACCUGGGCGCCUCACCAACCAGCUCCAGUACCUGGAGAAAGUAGUGGUCAAAGCCCUGUGGAGGCAUCAGUUAUCCUGGCCCUUCAGGCACCCUGUGGAUGCUGUUCAGCUCAACCUGCCUGAUUAUUAUGCAAUAAUCAAAAACCCAAUGGACUUGAGUACCAUCAAAAAACGACUUGAUAAUAAUUACUAUUGGAAGGCUAUGGAAUGUGUUGAAGACUUCAACACAAUGUUUACAAAUUGUUACCUAUACAAUCGGCCAGGAGAUGAUAUAGUUUUGAUGGCCCAAGCACUCGAGAAGCUGUUUCUUGAGAAAGUAGCUGAAAUGCCACAGGACGAGCGUGAGAUCACAGCAAUUACCAACAAGGCGCCUCUGAAAGGAAGGAGGAUGUCUGCUGCAGGACUGGGGAAAACGCAGCCUCCGUCUCCUGUGUCUGAGGUUGUGUUUCAACAGACAGUGACUGUCAUCCCUCCUGAGGCACUGCACACCAUCUCAUCUGCACCCCUGUCUGCUCAGCUUGAAGCCAAAUUAAAAAAGGGGGUGAAAAGAAAAGCAGACACCACAACUCCCAUGGCCCCCAUCCUUACCAGCAGUGAGUCUUCUCCCUGUGUCCCAGAACCGAAGGUGCUGAAGUUGUACGCACGGCGAGGCAGCGGGCGACCCAUCAAACCACCACGCAAAGACCUGCCCGAGUGGCCACAGCAGCACCAGGUGGGGCGCAGGGCCAAGCUCCCCGAAAGGCUAAAAUACUGUAGUGGCAUCUUGAAGGAGAUGUUCGCCAAGAGGCAUGCAGCCUAUGCCUGGCCGUUCUAUGAGCCCGUGGACACUGUGGCACUUGACCUGCAUGACUAUCAUGAGAUCAUCCAUCAACCCAUGGAUUUGGGCACCAUUAAAAAAAAGAUGGAGAGUCGUGAAUACACAGACGCCUUGCAGUUUGCUGCAGACAUUCGUCUUAUGUUCUCAAAUUGUUAUAAAUACAACCCACCAAACCACGAGGUUGUGGCUAUGGCCAGAAAACUCCAGGAGGUCUUUGAGUCCCGCUUUGCUAAGAUUCCAGAUGAACCGAGACUUUCAUCUCCUGGCCAGCACCUCUUGCCCAAAAGGGGGAAAAAUGAGCAAGCAGGAAGUCCGUCCAGCUCGGAGGGCAGCGACUCCGAGUCUACGUUGUCAGGAAGCUCGUCUGACUCUGAGGAAGACGAAGAGAAAAGAGCACAAAGACUCUCUGUUCUCGAGGAACAGUUAAAGGCAGUGCGGGAGCAGCUGCAAUUACUGACCCAAACACCUUUGCUGAAGCAAAAGAAGAAGGAGAAGUCAAAGAAGGAGAAAAGAAAAAAAGAAAAGCGGAAGUUUGGUGAAGUGCGGAAACCAGCUCCAGAGAAAGUGCACAAGAAGCCGAGUAGCAGCAAAUCAUCGGGGAGGAAUAUGGAGAGCAAAGGGUACGAGUCAGAAGAAGAAGAGCUUGCACUGCCCAUGUCCUACGAGGAGAAACGACGUUUGAGUCUGGACAUCAACAAGCUACCUGGAGACAAACUAGGCAAAGUGGUGAACAUCAUCAAGGCCAGAGAACCUAUGCUUAGAGACACAGACCCCGAAGAGAUUGAGAUUGACUUUGAGACUCUCAAACCAACUACGCUCCGAGCUUUGGAGGCGUUUGUCAUGACCUGCCUCAGGAAGAAGCCUAAGGGGCCUGGCCAGAAAAAUCCACCAAAACCCAAAGAUGAGAAGACGAAGGAGACAGGGAAACAGAAUGCCAGCGAAGAACUGAACUCGACCAAGACGACCAAGACAAAGAGUGACUUUAUGGCAGCAGAGCCCAAGGAGCUGGCACUCUCUUCCCGCCUUAGUGAGAGCAGCAGUUCCUCCUCCAGUUCUGCCAGCAGUAGUUCUGACUCUAGUUCUUCUGAUAGCUGUGACUCUGACUCAGAGCAGAAACCUAAGAAGAAAAACAAAGCCCAUGGUCAUGGCACCAAAAUUAAAAACAAGGCGUUGAAGAAGAGCAUUGCCCUUGAGAUGAAGGAAUCGUCUAAAGUCCCGUCUGAGCAGGCCACCAAGCCACCUUCUGAGGAGGCCAAAGCGCCGCCAGCCCUGCACAGCCAGCUACCUCCUCAGCCUUCCAGACCCAGUGCCAAAGCCACUCCUGUAGUUCGAAAGACUUUGAUGACCCCCCUGAAUCUUCCGUCUGAGCAGAGCCCCUCACCUCCCACUGCCUUUCCUGCUGCCUCGGACAUCUCCACCUACUUUCCCUCCUCCCCACUUACCCUCACAACAGUGUUGCCCGAAAAGUCUCCACCCAUAGCCUGCCCUCAUCCACCUGCUUCACCCAGUUGGCCUAAGAGUCCGCCAAAUUCAUUCACUGCCCACAUUUCCUCAGCAUCUUCUACCACAGAUUCAACAUGCCCCCUCCCAACUGCUGCCACUGUAAAUCCUCUGCUUAAAGCUCAGCAGAAAGGUUUCCCUGCUCUCCUUUCUCCACUAUCCUCUCCCCCCGGACUGCCCUCCUCAAACUCCUCAGCAUGUGUGGCACGACACCCGCCCAUCACCAAGCAUGAGUGUCCCAGUUUGUCCACCCCAUUGGCACAUGUGAGGGAAGAUAGGGGGGACCCAGGUGUAGUAGGAGAGACCUUUGCUCAGCUGCACACAAUGCCUGGAACUAAACCCACAGAAGAUGCUGAACCGCACAAAUCUAGCCAAGACCACAAGCCCAGCAUGGCUAAAACGGAAAUUGUUUUGAAGCAUGCAGACUCUUGGACAAGCCUGGGCAAGAUGGCCGCUCUUGCUCCUGCUACCAUACGGUCAUCCAAGGAGAGUUUCCAACAAUUCCGCAAAGUUGCCAUGGAGAAGGAAGAGCGAGAAAGGGCACGUAAGCUCCAUCUGGAGGCAGACAAAAGCAGCUUGACGCAGCAGCUUUCUAAGGCCAAACCAGAGAUCCAGGCCUCCAAGACAGAGUUGGAGUCUGCAGAGCUUCCCAUUUUGACAGCCAUUUUAGACCAAACUAAAACGCCAGAACCUUCUACUCCUACUCUGUGCUCCAUGGACCGUGAAAGAGAGAUGGCACGCAAGAGAGAGCAAGAGAGACGCAGACGGGAAGCUAUGUCAGGAACCAUUGACAUGACCAUGCAGCAUGACAUCAUGGCCACCUUUGAGAAGAACCUUGACUGAAAUUACUGUAAAUGAAAUAAAUGUAAAAAUUUGUUAAAAAAAAAAUAUAUAUAUAUAUAUAUAUAUGCUACUGUUCUGUGAAAAGAGUAGCUGGUCUCCUCCGCUUCCUAACAACCUCCACGAGUCCUGGUGAUUGAAACGGGUUCUAGCACCUCACCAAGAUGUGGUUCUCUCACUUUACUUUAGCACAUUUAUACUGAAGUGGCUGUAGUAAAAUUUAAGAAGCUGAUACUGUACAGUGUACAAUUUAAGUGGAGCAUGCCAUGCAACAGGCUGCUUGUGUAUCGAAUUUGUAUGAUUAUUAAUAAUAUUGGUAUUUGGAUGUUUGCUUAAUUUCCAGUAUUGGAGUCACUUCUUCCUUUUGUGAAGGGCAGUAAAUGAACUAAAAUGGUGAUUGUGCAUAAAAUACUGACUGGUUUACUUUACGUUCUGUUCCCCAUUAUUUUGUACUGAAAUUGGGGUCCAUCAUUCCGGUCAUAUCCUAAGAUAGUAAUGAAACAGGUCUUCUUGCACUGAUUGUUGAUGAAACUGUGACUGAUUCUGUAAUGCAACAAGUUAGAAAUACACCCAUUGUGCUUUGAUUUGACUUGUAUAUGUGUGGAGUUAAAAUAAUUGUAUGUGAAUAACAUUCCAUUGUCAAUUUUUGAAACAUUUAACUAUAUAACUGCAACGUGGUUUUCCAUCCAUGCCUACUCAGGUUUAUUUUUAUGUUUUUCUUUUUGUCCUAUGUCCUUACAGCCACAGCCCCCAAAGCAAUAUCCACUGAUUUUCUAAAUGUAGCAUGAAAGCUGAAGGGAUGUAAAUUGUGAUUUGUAAUUGCAAGGUGAACAUUGUAAAAACAACUUUGUGGUAAUAGUUGCAAAACUUCAAAUCAGUUGUGUUUUUACAAGUCUGCUUGUUGAUUUUGCGAUUCAUACAUUUACUCUAUACUUGUUGCAUCUUAGACAGCAACGUAACUUCAUGUUCGAUUUAAAUAAUCAGUAUUUUCUCUGUAGUAGAAGUAAUGCAUAUUAUUAGGACCUUUUGUACAUGUUAAUCAGUAAUAUAAUUGCAGUUGUAUGUCAUUCUGUGACAGACAAUAUAUUUUUGAUUACUGCGAAUUGUUUAAGUGAAUUAUAACGCCACAGUGCCAUUCCAUUUAACAUUUCUAAGAUGCACAGCAAAAUCCUAGUGUUGCUUUAACUUUUCAGGCAUUUGAAAACGGUAACUUGAUUCAGUACUAGGCGGAUUAGUAUGCCUAAAGUUAGAGUUUUGUGGUCAGUGUUCAUUCAAGAUGUUGCUGUUUGUGUAGAGCUGAAAAUGCAGCGUUUUGUUUCUUCGACCCUGAUGCUUGUGGCCAUCCCUCCUCACUUCUGUCCAUCACUCAAGCACUUUACUCAGCAUCGUGGCACAACCGAGGUGAAGAAGGAUAUGGUGUUAUUUCAUAGUGCCCAUAUUCCAGUAAAUAAAUUUUUUUUAAAAACUCAAAUUAAAAAAGCUUUUCAUUUGAA